AUGCACACCUCGGCGGCCUGCGCCUUCCAGAGCAGCAGCAGCCGCUCGCGAGACAGCAGAUCCCAGCGCGGCGGCAGCUCCGAUCGCGGCGCUCGCGGCGGUGCUCGCGGCGGCGGGCGUGGCGGACGCGGUGGCAGAGCGCCAGGAGCGUAUUUUGCACGCCCCUCGGCGGCGCCGGCGUUCGGACCCACGUCGAAGAUCACGCCCGAGAAGGCCGCACAGGAGGCGCUGGACCAGAUCACCGACAUGCGCAAAGACACGGCGCUGCGACACAUGUUCGUUGCGCUUGGUCUGCGUGGCGAAGGACCGCGGGCACUCGUUGCUGACGAGGCGGUGACCGAAGAUGGCGACGCCGAGAUCGUCGGGCUGCUCAUCGAUCGGUGGGCGGAGGAGGUGCAGCCCUUGAUCCGCAAGGCGCUCGCCUUGCACCUGGAGGGCGACUUGGAGGCACAAGAAGGCUGGUCCAUCGCCGAGCUGCAGGCAGCACACACUGCCGAGGCGGAGCAAGGCAUUGCGCGCAUAGCCAAUGCCUCGCUCGUGCAGCACCUCAUUGCACAGCUCAAUGCGCUUGCCACAUCCGGCCAGGCAGAGAUCGCCGCAUCUGCUCGCGCGGUCGCACAACAGCUGGCCGAGGUGACGAGGCUGAUGGACCUGCGGAACCCGGCGCUCGACUACCCGACUGCGCGCUCGCUCACUCGUCACAUCCACCUGCACGUCGGGCCGACGAACAGUGGCAAGACGUAUGGCGCGCUCGUGGCCCUGUGCAAGGCGCGCAACGGCAUCUACGCUGGUCCGCUGCGUCUGUUGGCGCACGAGGUGUGGGAGCGCAUCAAUGCCGGCGCCGUCUCUGCCGACAUUGCGCCUCGCGCCUGCAGCUUGCUCACGGGCGAAGAGCGGCAGCUGCAGCUCGCGUGCGGCCUCACCGCAUGCACUGUCGAGAUGCUGGCCACCAACAUCUCGUACGACAUUGCCGUCGUGGACGAGAUCCAGAUGAUUGCGGACAAGGACCGCGGCUACGCCUGGACUCAGGCGGUGCUCGGUCUGGCGGCCAAGGAGCUGCAUCUGUGCGGCGAAGCCAGCGUCGUGCCGCUCAUCCGCCGCAUGGCUGAGGCGUGCGGCGAUGUGGUGCACGUGCACGAGUACAAGCGCCUGACGCCGCUCGUGGUCGAGGAAAAGACGCUCGGCGGCAUCCGCAACGUCCGCCCUGGCGACUGCGUAGUCAGCUUCAGCCGCUCGGGCAUCUUCAAGCUCAAGGAGAAGAUCGAAGAGGCAACGGGCCUCAAGUGCGCGCUUGCGUACGGCGCACUGCCGCCAGAGACGAAGAGCGAGCAGGCCAAGAUGUUCAACGAUCCGCAGAGCGGCGUGGAUGUGAUGGUGGCGAGCGAUGCCAUCGGCAUGGGCCUGAAUCUAAAAAUUAAGCGCGUCGUCUUCGAGUCGCUCCACAAGUGGAACGGAAAGGAGCAAGUCUUCAUGUCCGCCUCGCAGAUCAAGCAAAUCGCCGGACGUGCCGGGCGCUACGGCACAGGCAAGGCGGGAGAGGCGGCAGACGCCAACCGCGGCAGCGUCACGACGAUGGAUCCCCAAGAUCUGCCGGUUCUGCGCCAGGCACUCGAGUCGCCGCUGGUGCCCAUCGAGCAGGCUGCGCUUCAGCCGCGUCCAGAGGCGAUGCCGGAGCUCGGCACGCUGAUGAGUGCGAGCUCGUACAAGCCAGUCGACGACAAGCCGAAGCCAGCGAGCAAGCAGCGCAAGCAGGAUGAGGCCGACGACGCGGCUGCCGAGGAGGAAGCCGGCGAGACGCAGGUCGAGCCUGUCAGCGCAACGCUCGACUACGGCAAAGCGCCGACCCUGAGCGCAGUGCUGGAGGCCACACAAGCAAUCACGCGCGUGGACCACCGCUCGUACUUCCUGAGCCAGUUCAACCAGGCCGCGCAGAUCUCGCCGCUUGUUGAGGCCGCAGCGCGGCAAGCGCACCUGCCCUUCUCCGAGCGCCAGAAGUUCUCUAAUGCGCCGGUCAACACGCGCGACGAGCGCGUGACGGCGUCGAUGUACAACGCCGUGCGUGCGUAUGCGCGCGGCGAGCUCGUGCGCUUCGAAGAGGUGGUGAGGGACCUGGGCAUGCUCGAGGCGCUCGAGGAGAUCGAGCAGGUGCGGCGCGGCGCCGAGGAGCGCAAGGCGCAGGCCGUGGCGCGCGGCACGCCGAUCAGCAAGCUCAAGAGCCUGGCGAGCUACGCCAGCGCCGACGACAUCAACAUCAACACGCUCAUGCUGCUCGAGAGCCUGCAUCGCACGCUCUGCCUCUACCUCUGGCUCUCGUUCCGCUUCCCGCUGGCCUUCUGCCACCACCAUGCCGUCGAGGACUACAAGCUGCGCGACGAGGAGGCCAUCCAGUUCUGCCUCGAGACGAUCCGCGACGGCCGGGCACGCCGCAUGCAGGCGCGCGAGUUUGACCGUGCCGCAGAGCGCGGCUACCGAGGGAGCACGGGCGGCGCUCGGCGCGGUGAUGAUCAGGCCAACGCUGCGAAGUGGGCCCUUGGCUCGUCGACCUCUUCCCAGCACCACGCACGGCAGUAUGCAUCGUCGCCCUAA